UUUCUGACUUCCGGUAUAUAUGAGUACUCCCCCCUCACCUGUAGAAAUGUAACAGAGCGGUAGAUAAGUCGUUUCUGAUAGUAUGAUAAACUAAACUAUUUUGAUAGUAUAUUAUGAAAAAAAAAAAAAAUUGGUCUCCUUUCUUGUCGCACGUGGUCUUUUGUGUUCACGGCACGUGCGCAGGUGAGUCAGCUGUUUUUAUGUCUCGUUUCUUUGCCCACUUGUAAAACUACGCUCCAGUAUCAGGUGAAUCUGUCGCAAACUUGACACCUUAUUUAUCGUAUAUCAGAGAUAAGCAAAAACAUGUUCAACGGCUAGUUCUGCCAGGGUCAUUAAAAAGCGAAGAGGUUUCGAAAACGCCGGAAACUCGUGAACAACUUUUAUCCGCGAUUAGCCAAUCAAAAACAGAUCUGGCUAAUGACAUCACUUCCGCUGAUGCUUUCCCUAUUGAUACAACGAUCGGUGUGUUGUAGUUUCCCUUUAUAGCUGGGACCGUUUCGUCUAUCCUCUAGGAAUUAUAUCAGCAAUAUAUUUUAGUACAAGCGUGUGGCCUGCUGGGAAUAACAGAUGGAAAGCAACGAAAGAAAAUUGCUGAUGGAGGACGCUGAGAGCAGACUAAUUAAAUGUGUGAUUGUUGGAGAUGGCGGAGUUGGGAAAACGUCUCUCCUUAUAAGCUAUUUAGUGAACGGAUUUCCUAACGAUUACGUCCCAACCGCUUUCGACGACUACAGCGUGUCGGUUAAAGUCGACAAGAUACCCUAUACGUUGCAGUUUUGUGACACGGCUGGACAGGAGGACUUCGACUCAUUACGACCUCUUUGUUAUCCAUCUACCGACGUAUUUAUUGUUUGUUUUUCUGUAGUUUCGCCGACGUCUUUCGCAAAUGUCGCACAAAAGUGGCUUCCUGAAAUACGAGGUUAUUCUUCUAGCGUUCCUGUUAUUCUUGUUGGAACGCACUGUGACUUAAGAGCGAAUGUUCAAGAGCUUAUUCGGCUUUCUGAUCUCGGACAAGAACCUAUAACGGCACAGAAGGCCGAGAGCUUAGUGAAGAAAGCUGGUAUUGUAUGUUAUAUUGAAACAUCGGCAGUGACUCAAAAAAACAUGAAAUCCGUCUUCGAUGAAGCAAUUAUGAGCGGAUUAAGACCACCUACGUCUUCUAAAAGAUCUGACCUCAAAGGCUGCGCGUGUACUAUCAUGUGAUAAGCUUUUGAUGUGAUUAUUUAAUUAUCAAGUUUCUGGUUUGACGCAAUUUUGCGAUUCAGCGAGAUGAAACGAAUUGAUCAUUGCAGCCGUAUGCAGCGCGUGCCUCAGCGGACAGGAAUAUGAUAAAAGAGUUGUUAUUUAUAAAGUCCACCGGCGCUCCUCGUUGCACAGAUGCGUUCAAAGCGGACCUCAAAGGGGACAUAAAAUUUGUCAUUGGAAUCUCCUGUGGUGCAGGAAGAAGGGAAACAAAUGAUAUUAUUUAUAGAGAGCAAUAUUAAGACCAUGAGUAGCUGGUUUAAAAGAAUUUAGUAUUUGCUGAUUUUAAAAUGCUAAUAUUUUUUAGUAACAAUGGAAUAAAUAAAUUUAAAAAAAUUGAA